AAAUCAAAAUUACCAAAUCAGAAUUAAUGGUUGUGUAUACUUGUUCAUGAUAUAUGUACCAGAAUCCUUAGCUUCCACAAUCUUUUCACCAUUUCAAGACAUUCAAUAAUGUUUGUAUAUUUGAAACAAUGCAUCAAAUAUUUUGCAAUCAAAUGCCAAGAACUUGAAAAAUGUAAUCGAUUCUUUUGCUCAAGUUUGGCAACAAGAGAUGUCAUAUUAUUCCCAGGGCAGGGUAACCAAUUUGUCGGUAUGACAAAGAAACUAAAAAACAUGCCAGCCGCAAAACAUCUCUUUCAAAUUGCUAACCAAAUCUUGGGCUAUAACCUGUUGGAGUUGUGUCUAUGUGGUCCUCAGACUAAACUUGAUAGAACUGAAUACUGCCAACCAGCAAUAUUUACUUCCAGUUUGGCAGCAUUAGAAAAGUACAAGGAGUUGAAAGGGGAAAAUUGGUUCACUGAAGGGAACAUUGCAACUGCAGGUUUCAGUGUUGGAGAGAUCGCAGCGCUUGUCCUGGCAAAUAUUUUGAGUUUUGAAGAUGGACUAUCUCUGAUCGAUGUUAGAGGAAAAGCAAUGCAGCAAGCUUCAGAUAAAACGUCAAGUGGAAUGGUCGCAAUCUCAGGCCUUGAAGAAGAAGAAAUCAGAGAAUUAUUAAAUGAAGUUCGCAAGACGUUGUCCGGAGAUGAAACUGAUAUACAGAUAGCCAGUUAUUUGUAUAAGAAAGGGUUUGUUGUAGCAGGAGGAAAGAAAUCGAUUGAUCGUCUUAUGUAUAUGGGAAAACACUCUAGUGUUAAGAUGUCCCAAUUACCGGUGAGUGGAGCUUUUCAUACGCAAUAUAUGAUGUCAGCUCAAAGAAAGUUUGCCGACGCAUUGGAGAAAAUCGAUAUAAAAGAGCCACAGAUUGACGUUUAUUCUAAUGUAACUGGUGAAAAAUACGAAUCAGCAAGUGAUAUUAGGAGAUUACUUUCAAGACAAAUAGCUGAACCAGUACAAUGGACAAAAAUAAUGGAAAGAUUGCGAGGCGCAAAAUUUAAGGAGACAACGUAUUACGAAGUAGGGCCGGGUCGACAAUUGUGCACUAUCCUUGCAAAAAGCGACAGGCGGUUGAGUAAAAAAUGUCGAAGUAUUGAUGUUUAAAAUUGAAUGUGAAUAAGAUGUUGCUACGAAGAGAAAAUCCUCAACAAGUGUCGCGUUUCAGGAUGCGGGGAAAGUUUAAACCGUAUUCCUCACUAACAGAUAAUUAAGGAGUGAAUGACUCACGGAUAGCGCAGACAGUCAAAGCUGAUUACUACAUCAAAUAUAGCAUUUUACCGUGUGAAGAAAUUUUCAAAGCAGCACUAACAAUAAAAGACAAUAUUUUAAUGUAAAUUCUUUAAUUGUGCCCUCUGUGUUCAUUUUAAACUAUUUGAUUUCUAUGUGGUACUGUUUUACCAUGCAAAUUAUAACUAACAAGCGAUUAAUUAAUUUAGAUAUUUUUCUUCGAGCUAUACUUUAUAUUAUAAUAAAAUAAGAAUACCGUUAAAGGAAAUCAUUCUUAGACCAGCCGUUUCUGUUGGUAAACUGAGGCAAACAAGUUUAUGCUUUAAAACACGUUGACUCGAAUUAAAUUCGUCAACAAGUGUCAAUAAUAUACUCGAUGAUGUAUUUAACCAAGCCGGCCUCAGGCAGAGACAUAUUAUGUUACUCUGUUAUGCACAAUUGGACUAUAUCCAAAAAUAUUGCACGCACAUAUUGCCAAGUAUCAUUGAAGAUCAAAUAUUCAAUGCUAAACUUCAGCUGUUUACUAGUAUUUACAGAAAGGCAGCUGUAAAAGAGACAAUUUCCUUUGGUAUAUAACAAAUGAAUUGUUUGGACAAACAAAAACAAUAAGUCCUAUGAUAAUUACAAAAAUUUUUCUAUCUACAGUCUAUAAUUUUUUCAAGCUAAUACCGCUAAUAGUACUUCAUAAGAUUUUGCUUAGCUCUGCUUUGCAAUGUAAAUAAACACAUUUUAUGAAGAA